AUGACGAACUUGGUCUUAUCAGAAUGUGGCAUAAGACCUCUCCCCAGAUUCUACACAACACCCAGAUCCAAUUUCAUCUCUAACACCAACAACAAACCCAUCUUCAAUCUCAGACAAUCACCUUCUUCUUCUUACAACACAGCUUCUCGUCUGAAUUCACGAGAUUGUCGGCUCACGAGGAAUUGGGCUUUGAAUGUGAGCACAACACCGUUCACGACACCAAAGAUCGAGUCACCAUUAGAGGAAGAACACGACGAAGCUCAGAGAUUCGACCCAGGUGCUCCUCCUCCGUUCAAUUUAGCGGAUAUUAGAGCAGCUAUACCUAAGCAUUGUUGGGUUAAGAAUCCAUGGAAGUCGAUGAGUUAUGUCGUGAGAGACGUUGCGAUUGUCUUCGCAUUGGCUGCUGGAGCUGCUUAUCUCAACAAUUGGAUUGUUUGGCCUCUCUAUUGGCUUGCUCAAGGAACCAUGUUCUGGGCUCUCUUUGUUCUUGGACAUGACUGUGGACACGGUAGCUUCUCAAAUGAUCAGAGGUUGAACAGUGUGGUGGGUCAUCUUCUUCAUUCUUCAAUUCUGGUUCCUUAUCAUGGCUGGAGAAUUAGCCACAGAACUCACCACCAGAACCAUGGACAUGUUGAGAACGAUGAAUCUUGGCAUCCAAUGAAUGAGAAAAUCUACAAGAGUUUGGAUAAACCGACUCGAUUCUUUAGAUUUACGCUGCCUCUCGUGAUGCUCGCGUACCCAUUCUACUUGUGGGCUCGAAGUCCGGGGAAAAAGGGGUCUCAUUACCAUCCGGACAGCGACUUGUUCCUCCCUAAAGAGAGAAAGGAUGUUCUCACUUCUACUGCUUGUUGGACUGCAAUGGCUGCUCUGCUUGUCUGUCUCAACUUUGUGAUGGGUCCAAUGCAAAUGCUCAAACUCUAUGCAAUUCCUUACUGGAUAAAUGUAAUGUGGUUGGACUUUGUGACUUACCUGCAUCACCAUGGUCAUGAAGAUAAGCUCCCUUGGUACCGUGGGAAGGAAUGGAGUUACCUGAGAGGAGGACUUACAACAUUGGAUCGUGACUACGGAGUGAUCAACAACAUCCAUCACGACAUUGGAACUCAUGUGAUACAUCAUCUUUUCCCUCAGAUCCCUCAUUACCAUCUAGUAGAAGCAACCGAAGCAGCGAAACCGGUAUUAGGAAAGUAUUACAGGGAGCCGGAUAAGUCUGGACCUUUGCCACUACACUUGCUGGGAAUUCUCGCGAAAAGUAUUCAAGAAGAUCACUAUGUGAGCGACGAAGGAGAUGUUGUAUACUAUAAAGCAGAUCCUAAUCUCUAUGGAGAAAUCAAGGUGAGAGCAGAUUGA